AUGGUUCGAAGCAUGCUUGCUGAGAAGAAAAUUCCAAAGCUUUUUUGGCCCGAGGCAGUAAAUUGGACUGUGCAUGUUCUAAAUAGAAGUCCGACAUUUGCCGUGAAGAACAAAACUCCUGAAGAAGCUUGGAGUGGAUACAAACCAUCUGUAGAUCACUUCAGAAUUUUUGGAUGCAUAUCUCAUGUGCAUGUACCUGACAGCAGGAGAAUCAAACUUGAUGACAAGAGCCUCAAAUGUAUAUUUUUUGGCGUAAGUGAAGAGUCUAAAGCUUAUAGGCUAUUUGAUCCUGUUUCUCAGAAGGUUAUCGUGAGCCGAGAUGUGGUUUUUAAAGAGAAUCAAAGCUGGAAUUGGGAUGAAAGUCAUGAGGAGGCAAUCUUGGCUGAUUUUGAAUGGAAACCAGAAGAGGAAGAAGGUACAGAAAAGCGUAACAGUGAAGAUGAAUCUACAGUGAGCGUUGUUGAAGAAACUCUUGGGGAUGAAGGAGUAAUUGAAGGCGAUGUGGCAGACAGCGUUCCUUCUACUAUGUUGGCAAGUGGAAGCCCACCCCGUGAAGCUCGAAUGAAAAGACCACCAGGAUGGAUGAGGGAUUAUGUGAGUGGUGAAGGACUCUCGGAGGAGGACGACAUGGACGUAAACUUGGCUCACUUGGCGUUAUUCAUAGAUGUUGAUCCUAUUUCCUAUGAAGAGGCUGCGAAAAGUAAAAUAUGGAGGCAAGCAAUGGAUGCAGAAAUUCAAGCAAUUGAAAGGAAUGAUACAUGGGAACUGACCGAGCUACCACCUAGAGGAAAAACAAUUGGUGUGAAAUGGGUUUUUAGAACAAAACUCAAUGAGAAUGGCAAAGUGGAUAAGUACAAGGCUCGGCUAGUCGCUAAAGGGUAUAGUCAACAGUACGGAGUCGACUAUGCUGAAGUGUUUGCACAUGUGGCUCUCUUGGACACCAUACGAGUUGUGCUUUCACUUGCUGCACAAAAAACUUGGAUGGUCUAUCAGUUAGACGUCAAAUCUGCCUUUCUACAUGGAGAGUUAAAUGAGGAGGUGUUUGUUGCACAGCCACCUGGUUAUGAACAGCAAGGUCACAAGCAAAAGGUGUACAGGCUUAAAAAGGCUUUAUACGGUCUUAAGCAAGCUCCCCGAGCUUGGUAUAGUCAUAUAGAGUUGUAUUUCGUACGAGCAGGGUUCAAGAAGUGUCCAUAUGAGCAUACUUUGUUCACCAAAACAAAGAAUGGAGGUAUGUUAAUUGUUUGUCUCUACGUUGAUGAUCUUAUAUUCACUGGGAAUGAUGAAAGUAUGUUCAAAGAGUUCAAACAAUCUAUGAUGAUCGAAUUUGAUAUGACUGAUCUUGGGAAAAUGAGUUAUUUUCUUGGCAUUGAAGUAUUGCAAAAGACAGAUGGUAUUUUCAUUAGCCAACGAAAAUAUGCUCAGGAAGUAUUGAAAAGAUUUAAUAUGGAUCAGUGCAAUCCAGUGCAAAAUCCAGUGGUUCCUGGUUUCAAGCUCAUGAAGGAUGAAGAUGGAGUGAGAAUUGAUAGCACACUCUACAAGCAGAUGGUGGGGAGUCUCAUGUACUUGAUUGCCACGCGUCCUGACCUGAUGUUUAUAGUGAGUUUAAUCAGCAGGUACAUGGAACGUCCCACUGAAAUUCACUUGCAGGCAGCAAAAAGGGUGCUACGAUAUUUGAAAGGAACACUCAGUUUUGGUGUGUUUUACAAGAAGGGAGGAAAAGGAGAACUAGUAGGCUAUACAGACAGUGACUAUGCAGGAGAUCAAGAUGACAGAAGAAGCACGUCUAGUUAUAUGUUCAUGACGGGCUCGGGAGCAAUAUCUUGGUCAUCGAGAAAGCAACCUGUGGUUUCUCUCUCUACAACUGAAGCAGAGUUCAUCUCUGCAGCCUCAAGCACUUUUCAAGCAGUGUGGAUGAGGAGGAUUUUGCAAGAACUUAAACAUGUUCAACACAAGGCUACAGUGGUGUAUUGUGAUAAUGUUUCUGCCAUUAAAAUUUCCAGGAAUCCGGUGAUACAUGGUCGUAGUAAGCAUAUUGACAUUCAAUUUCAUUUUCUUCAUGAUCUUAUCAAGGAAGGAGUUGUGGAUUUGGUCCAGUGCUCUUCCCAUGAGCAAGUUGCUGAUAUUCUAACAAAACCAUUGAAGCUCGAUUUGUUCACAAGGUUGCGUGGGCUGAUGGGAGUCAUCUCAUAUCCAGGUGUAAACUGA